UGGUCCCCGCGCGGCUGUUUCCGGCGCUCGCUAACCUGGGCGCAUGCUCAGUAGGAGACAGGCGCCGGCUGUGGCUGAGCCCGUUUCCGGUCCGUGCCGGGAAUGUCCGACCAGGGCCUGGCCGGUGGUGGGGCGGACUCGGGGCUGGAUGCGGCCCUGGGUAAAGUGGGGGCCUCGGUGCGGUCCCGGCGGAAGCUGCCGACGGCGGAGGAGGCGGAGCUGUUCGAGCUGGCGCAGGCGGCUGGGAUCGGCCUCGACCCGGAAGUGUUCAGGCUGCUGCUGGACCUGCUGCGCAUGAACGUGGCGCCGCUGGCCGUGUUCCAGAUGCUGAAGUCCCUGUGCGCCGGGCAGAGAGCGGCCCCCAGCGGCCCCGCCGAGACCGGCCCCGCCGAGACCAGAGGGAGAAAUAAAACCAAUCCUUCAGUCAGUGGGACCCAAGGUCUGGCAGAACGUUGCAGCCGGGAAGGAUCGGUCCAAAGAAUGCCCCGGCAGCCAAGCACUAGCAGGCUCCAGAAGACUGGAACUUCUGGAAAGAGCAGUGGAGGCAGCAGUACAUAGAGACUCAAAAUAGAGCACUGAGGACCUUUGUAAAUUCUCCAUUAAAAUAAGUGCAAUGUAGCACAACAUGUAAAAAUGCAAAUGAUCCAAGAUUGUGAACCUGCUCCAGUAUUUUGUAUUUAUGAAUGCUGUAGAAUAUCACAGGUGAUGUAUGCAAAGGUCAGUUACUGUUUUCCUUUCUUAAAUUUCUUUGGAAUACAUCCGUUAAUAAAGAACAUGAAUUCUUCUGGAA